AUGGAUAUGAAAAAUAUAUAUUUACCGAAAGGUAUAAGACUACCUUGUAAAUUAAAAUGGACUGUGGAUAAUAAUUCAAUGGUUAGUUCUAAUCAGAUUAUAGCUUUUAUAAUUGAAGAGAAUAAAGAAGUAUUCACGGGAGAGGAGAAUCAGGAGGUGGAACCUUCUAUUAAGGAAGAAUACAUUAAAGACGAAAAUAAUAAUAACAAGAAUAAUGUUGAUAAUAAUAAUAUUGAGAAUAAAAAAGGAAAUGAUAUAUUAUUUAAACAAGAUAAUUACAAUGAAAUAAAUAAUAAACAGAUAUGUUUAAAAGAUGAACAUAUUGUAAAGGAUAUUAAUUCAACUACUUUUAAUCAAAAUAUAAAUAAUUUACAUGACGACUCUAAUAAAACGGAAGAAAAUAAUUCUUCGCCAGAUAAUAAUAAUCAUAAUGAGAAUAAUAAUGAUUUUAUAAAGGAUAAAAAUAUACUUACAAAUGAUGAUAAGAACAAGAACAUUAUUAAUGAUAAUGAUGUGCAGAGUGAUCAUAAAAAUAAUAAUGUGAAAAAAAAAGAGGAUACAAAUGUUAUUAGUUUGGAUUCAAAAUAUAAUGAAAAGAAAAAUGUAAUAAAUUUUAUUUUAAAUAAUAGAAAAAAUUUCGAAAUAAAAAAUAAUCCUAUUGUUUUAAGAAGUAAUAAUAAUGGGAAAAUAAAUAUUUUAAAAAAUGAUGAUAAUCAAGAAUAUAUAUAUAUUAAUAAUGAAAAUGAAUUAUUAUGUGAAGUUAUAGAUGUCAAAUGUAAUCAUGAAAUAAUAUUCUCAGGAAUUUGUACAAAUUGUCUUUUAAAUCAAGAAGAAAUUAAUAAAAGUGAAGAACAAAAAUAUUUUGUUACUCCUAGUUUCUUACCUGGACAAAAUGAAUUAUAUAUAAAUACUGAUAAAGCCAUUGAUUUAGAAAAAGAAAGAAUGAGAACCAUUAUAAAUAAAAAAAAACUUUGCUUAGUUCUAGAUUUAGAUAAUACACUUUUACAUGCAUCAUUUUCUUUAUUAUCGGUUAAUGUGAAUAGUGAUAUAAUAAAUAUUACUACGGAUAUUAAUAAUGGUAUUUUAGAAAAUGAAAUAAAUUAUAUAGAAGAAUUAAAUGCCCAAGUAGUAUCUAAUGCCAGCAAUUCGGAUGAUACAAAAUCGAACACAAAAAAUAAGAAAGCUUCUCCCCUUGUAUGUAAAUUGAAUAAUGAAAAAAUUUUGUCUAUGAAUAAUAAAAAUAAGAUUGAACAUGAGAAUACACAAAAUUAUAUGGAUAGAAAUGAUAUGCAAAAUAUAAAUAUAAAUGUGAAUAAUAAUAAUAAUAAUAAUAAUAAUAAUAAUUACAAUAAUAAUAAUAAUUACAAUAAUAAUAAUAAUUACAAUAAUAAUAAUAAUUACAAUAAUAAUAAUAAUUACAAUAAUAAUAGUAAUAAAGAGGAUGAUGCCCUAAUCAAUGAAGACAUAAUAUAUCCCCACUUUUGUAAAAAUAAAAACUCAAUCGAAAUGUACCCCAAAAUUGAAGAUAUAAAAGCGUCAUAUCAAAAUUAUUGUGAAUUUUUAGAAAAGGUAAAUACCAUAAAUUUAUUAAAACAUAAAGGGAAAUAUAUACACUAUGAAGAUUUUAAUGACAAUCAGAUUAAAAGGAAAAUUGAAAAAUUAGAAUCUAGUAUUCUAAAAACAAAUGUAAAAUAUCAAAAAGGAGCUUAUAUUAUUUACUAUAAACUAAGACCAGGAGUAAUUGAAUUUUUAAGAACAAUGAGUGAAAAAUAUGAAAUAUAUUUAUAUACUAUGGGGACAUUAGAACAUGCAAAAUCAUGUUUAUUUUUAUUAGAUCCCCUUAGGAAAUUUUUUGGAAAUAGAGUAUUUUCUAGAAAGGAUUGUUUAAAUAGCUUGAAACAUUUAAAUAAAAUAUUACCUACAUAUCGUAGUGUAUCUAUAUGUAUAGACGAUAGUGAUUAUAUAUGGAAAGAAAAUAGUUCUUGUAUAAAAGUACAUGGAUAUAAUUAUUUUCCUGAUAUUAACUUUUUUGAAGAUAUUAAGAGAGCUCCAUAUUUCUUAACCAAAUUUUUUACUUUUGCUCAGUCCUAUUUAAAUUUCACAUCAAAUAUAUAUCGUUUUAUUAAUUUCAAAUGUAGUGAACAUGAAGAAUUUUUAAAAUAUUGUAAAAAUAAUAUCAUGUUAUAUAAUAUGAAAAAUCAGGUCCAUUUCUCCAAUGUGGAGACAACACAUAACAGUAAUAAUUAUGACGGACAAAUAAAGGAAGAUGUAUAUUGUACUACAGAAAAUAAUGAAGUGGAGAAAAAUGAAUUAUUACCAAGUAUGAAAACAAAUACAUUUAUUGAACCAUUAGAAAUAAAAAAUAAAAAUGAGCAUGAAACAUCCUUAAAUAGGAACAAUUCCUUAAAUAUUAAUAAUGAAUUUGUGGAAAUUAAUGAUAACAAUUUUAUAGAUUUGGAUAAAGAAUUUGAAACGGAUAAUGAAAGUGAUCUAGAUUUGGAGGAUGACGAAGGAGAUGAUAUAAUAGAUAUGUAUAAUAUUAACAAUAAUAAUAAUAAUAAUAUUAUUAAUAGUUAUAACGAUACAUACCAUUUAGAUACAAGAAAUGAUUUGAUAGAAUUAUUUGACGAAUCAUAUAAUUAUGACAAAGAAAAUAUUUUAGAAGAUAACAGUAAUUAUUUAGAUAAACAAAAUGAUAUAUAUGAUAAUAAGGAUAAAACUUUAAGAAAAGAAAUAGAACCAUUACAAUCAUUAUCAUAUGAUGAAGAUAAUAUAAUUUAUGAUGAAAAUAUAAUUCUUCAAACAGUAGAAAAUGGAAUUAUUGAAAAUAAUAAUGUUAAUUUGACGUAUGAAGAAAAUAAAAUAUCUUUUGAAAAGGAAGAAGAAACAAAUGAAAAUGUGUUAAAAAAUAAUACCAACUUAUUAGAAGUAAAUAAAUCAAUUAAUAAAAAAAAGAAAAAAAAAAAAUGUAAAAAAAAUAAUCAAAUAAUAAAUAGUGAUAUAAAUACACCAUUUUUACGAAAUGAUACAAAAAAUUAUGUGCAACCAAUUCCUUUGUUAAAAAAAUCGGUUCAUAGAAAUAUAUCACAUGAAGAUGAAAUUAUUUUAAAAUUUAUAUCUGAAGAAAAUUUCAGAAGAUAUGAAAAAUAUGUUCUAGAUUUCUUAUCUAACUACUUUGAAAAAAACGAAAACCAUACAAUGAAAAGUCAAGAGUCCUCUCAAGUGAUUGAAGAGGAACAUGUAGAAAGUUCAAAAUGUGAAGUAACUAAUGAAGAUGCUCCUAGUGACGAAGAUAUAUCUUAUGAAGAUGAUUUUGAAGGAGAAUUUGUAAAUCUAAAAGAUCAAGAGGAUGAAAUACAUAUGUUUUUAGAUGAUGAUUUUGAGGGUGAAUUUGUAUAUUUGAAAGAUGAUAAAAAUGAUGAAGAUUAUACAUAUAUGGAUGAUUAUAUGGAUGGUAAAUAUUCAAAUGUCAAACAUCAAAAAGAUGAAGAACGUAUAUAUAUAAAAGAUGAAAAAAAUAAACAAGAGAUUGAAAAUAAUAAAAAUAAUAAAAAUAAUAAAAAUAAUAAAAAUAAUAAAAAUACCUAUAAAAAAAAUUCUGAUAAAAAUGAUAAUCCUCGUAAUGAUUUAAAAAAAUAUCGAAUGAAAGUUAAAAAAAAAAUUGUAAAAAAAAUUAAUAAAAAUUCAAAUGUUAAAAUAUACAAAAGUUCAAAACAUGUGAACGAAGUCAAUAAUAAUACUUUAACAAAUAAUAAUGAAGUAAAACAAAACAAUGAAUAUUAUGAAUCUUUCUUUAUUCCAAAAAAUUUAACAGAAUUCAAUUUCAAAGAUAAUGAUAAACAAUUAUAUUAUUUAAUGUCAUUAUUAAAUGAAAUACAUGAUAUUUUUUACAUAAUGUUAGAACAAUUUAAACGAAAAGAAACAAAUGACGAAAAUAGAGAUGAUCAAAUAUAUAACUAUUUUUUAAGAUAUCCUGUUGUGCGUACGAUAUUGACUCAAUAUCGAAAACAAGUUUUAAAGGGUUUCACGUUCAAUAUAAGCUUAUUAUCAGAUGACAUUAAACGAAGCGAUUUUAUGGAUAACAUUGUAAAAUUCGGUGGACUUAUUAACAACCAAGACUACAAUCAUUUAUUAACUGUUAAUACUUUUAUAGAAAAUGAAAAUAUUAAAAAUGUGAGCACAUCUAAUUUGAUGUGGCUCGAAAGAGCCCUUUAUACUUGGAAAAGUACCAAUCCAAAGUAUUAUGACAUGAAAACAUGGGAAAAAUUGCAUCGGAAUUUUUGGGAUGUCAUUGAAUAUGAAGAAAAUAAAAAAUAA